CGGGGUCAGUAUCCUCGGAGGCUGCAGUGCCGCGGCGCCUUCGGACCGACGCGCGCGCAUACACACUGAGAUCGAUACAUUCUGAUUGCAACAAUGAUUCGUCAGGUGCCACUUCUGGCCAUAUGUGUGCAAGUCAUCACAUUCAAUGUGGUGCACACAGCGAAGCAGCAAGUCGCGCUCUCCGACUCGUACCUACCCGUCGCCAUGCAAGUCAUCGCACACCUCACCGACCAAAUGGCCUACGAGGCGCGCGACGAGCCCAAAACGACGACCAGCCGACCGACCAAGUCGACCAGUCGGCCGACGGGUCGACCGAUGACUACUGGCAGACCGACGGAGAGGCCAGACGCGCAAACAACGCCAUACCACAAGCCCGGCCUCUACGCCCCCCUAGUGCCCCCCAAACCCAACGACCGCACUUACCUCCUCCCCCCAAACCAAAACGCCCCCUACACAGUCAUCCAGCCACAGAAAACUAACACGAACGAGCCUCUACUCUCUAUACAUGAAGAAGAAGUGAAGCCGCUUAUUGAACCGAGUCCAGAGUCGCAUCUCCUUCCACCGCAUUUUGAAGCUGAUGUGGAUAAAAUAUCACGCUCAGAUAGCUUGAUGCUUGAUGACUGGGAAGAGAAUCUCCAAUAUUUAUCACCAAGUGUGAGAGAGAUGAUUAAAAUGGCGAAUGAUCCUGAUGAUGAGAGGUUGAUUGAGGAUGUGAGGGCUGGGCCUCAGGGGAAUAAAGGAGGGUCGAAGCUGAGUGCCUCGAAUUUGAGGUUGCUGCUGUUGUAUGAUCUUCUUAGCAGGGAGGCAAAGAGGCAGAGGCUUUCGGAUUAUUAUGGCUUCUCCCCCGACGUCCUCCAAACCCUCUCCGAGUCCGCCGACGGCGGCGCGCGCGCGCAGCUCCGCCUAGCCCUAUCCAAGAUGGUGGAACGUAAGGACUGUCAACACGAAUACGCCAACAACAGGGCGCGGGAGAUGGUCGACGAGCUGGGGAGGGACGAGUCGAAACUGUCGAGUGAGAUCCGGUAUCUCCAGCCGCUGGUGUAUAACAGGCUUUAG